AUGGAGCCUAAAGCUUCAACCAUGGCAUGGCAUGAUACUCUACGGAAGGAGUUCCGCUUUAUAUUGGAAAGAGCUAUUGAACAGGCAUAUUUUUCUUUCUCUCCUUUCUCAACUCCUGGUGCUGCUACUCUUCAAUUCAAUUCCAUACUAACAUUACUGGGUAUUCCCAUUCCAAUUCCUAUCAUCAUCGUCGCAAGUUGCGAGUUUGAGGAGGAUAAGGUCGAUUCGAUGGAGGUGCAGCAAGCCCUCCCCCCGGUGCCGGAAGUUUCUGAGCCACUACCACUAGCUCAGGAGCCUGUUCCUCCUUUGUUUGAAAUCCAAGCUGCUGAGGUCAACCAAGAGGACAUCUGGAGGGAGUUGGAGCAGCAGGAGCAACCAGCUCCAACGGGUGGAGCUAAGCUAACAAGGCCUCACAUAUGCGAAGGCUCACCUCAUUGGAAAAUCAGGUAG